AAAGUUUUAAACUUCCUCUCCAUUUCGGGGAUUUUUCUCUCCUGAUUGCUCCAUUUUUAAGGGACACGGGUAACCCUCCCCCUACCCCACGUCAGAGCAAAGGUUAAACUUAGUACAGCUGAGGAAAAGCAUUUUUAGGAGAUUGGUCCAAGGCCCGGGGAGCAGGCCCAGAGCGGGUGAGCUUUGCGGCAGCUUCGUGGGAGCGCCAGUCUGUACCAUCCUUCCCGGGCUCUGCAAGGUCCGCGGGCCGAGCAGCCCGCAAGGCCGAAGAUGGUGGGUUAAGGGCUGGUGACUUCCAAGCCCUCUGCAACUUCCCUGCCCUACAGCCCCACCCACUAGCACGCAGCCGCCACCGGGCCUCUGGAGACACCUUCGCCCCUCCCCUCCACAGGUCACCUCCUCCACGCCCCUUUCCCUCGGCCCGGCAGCCGGCAGGCAGGGAAGUGUCGUAAAGCCAGGCCCAGGAAACUUUACCCGGGGUAACAGCCGAGGCGCUUUACGGCGACGGCGGCUGAGUGUGAGCCUUGGCGGCGGCGGAGGCAGCCGCGGCGGCGAGGGAGGCGGCGGCGGCUGAGGAGGAAGAGGAGUGGCGGCAGUGGCGGCGGGGACCUGUGCGGGGAUGGCGGAGGUACCGCCUGGGCCUAGCAGCCUCCUCCCACCACCAGCACCUUCGGCCUCGGCCGCGGCCGAGCCCCGCUGUCCCUUCUCGGCGGGGGCCGCCCUCGCCUGCUGCAGCGAGGACGAGGAGGACGACGAGGAGCACGAAGGCGGCGGCUGCGGCGGGAGCCCGGCGGGCGGCGAGGCGGCGGCCAAGGGGCAUCCGUGCCUCCGCUGCCCUCAGCCGCCGCAGGAGCAGCUGCAGCUCAACGGAUUGAUCAACCCCGAACUGCGGCACCUCCGGGCGGCCGCCUCCCUCAAGAGCAAGGUUUUGAGCUCGGCCGAGGCGGCCACGAUCGCGGCCACCCCCGACGGGGGCCCCAGAGCGACUGCAACAAAAGGAGCCGGGGUACACUCGGGCGAGAGCCCCCCUCACUGCCUCCCCAGUAAUGCAAGAACUGCGCUCCCCAGCCCGGCAGAGGCAGCGGCGGCGAGCGAUCCCGCGGCGGCCCGCAAUGGACUGGCGGAGGGCACGGAGCAGGAGGAGGAGGAAGACGAGCAGGUGCGGCUGCUGGCUUCAUCCCUGACCGCAGGCUGCAGUUUAAGGAGCCCCUCAGGCCGGGAGAUUGAGCCGGGGGAGGAUCGGACGAUACGUUAUGUCCGAUAUGAAUCCGAGCUACAAAUGCCCGAUAUCAUGAGACUGAUCACCAAAGAUCUGUCUGAACCCUACUCCAUAUAUACCUAUAGAUAUUUUAUCCACAACUGGCCACAGCUGUGCUUCUUGGCCAUGGUAGGGGAGGAGUGUGUAGGUGCCAUCGUUUGCAAGUUGGAUAUGCACAAAAAGAUGUUCCGCAGAGGUUAUAUAGCCAUGUUAGCCGUGGAUUCCAAAUACAGGAGAAAUGGCAUUGGUACUAACUUGGUUAAGAAAGCUAUAUAUGCUAUGGUUGAAGGAGACUGUGAUGAGGUUGUUUUGGAAACAGAAAUAACGAAUAAGUCUGCUUUGAAACUUUAUGAAAAUCUUGGUUUUGUUCGAGAUAAGAGGCUGUUCAGAUACUAUUUAAAUGGAGUUGAUGCACUGCGACUUAAAUUGUGGCUGCGUUGAGAAACUGACAUCAAGGAACAACUUUCCAACCAUGCAGAAUCGACCUUUGCAUGCAAUGCAAUUUGUACAGAAUUGCUUUGCAGGUGGAGUUAGUGAUUUCCAUGCAGCUCUUAUCUGUCAGUGUCUCAUUUGAGUGUCGCACAAUAUUUGUUGCACUUUGGCAUGGCGCAUUUCUUCUGAAUUAAAAGAGAUUGUUUUAAACUUAAAGAGUUCUUUUGGUACCAACAAGAUGUGCCAGUUGAUAGCCAAGAUUUGUUUGUUCAUUUGGAAAGUCUGCUGACAUUAUUUACACAGUGAUAAUUUUAUCGCAGAACCAGGAUGUGGAACAUGAUUUUUGUUCCUUAAAAAAAGCCAAUGUAGAUUGUAAAAAUCUCUGAAUAUACUAACAUUUCACAUGAAACCUGCCAUAGUUUUUCUGAGGGGGUGGGGGAAAAGCUUCAAUUUUAGGUUUUAUUUUUUCAAUAUUAAAUUUUCCAUUCUUGAAUAUUGGUACCUCAGUGAUUAGUGAAUUAAAAAAUUGUUACGUAGGGUUGGGUGUGUCUUACAAUGAGUAAAGAUAACAAAUUGCGUCUGCCAGUGCCUGUGUAGAUAAGUAUAUUUGUCUUCAUCUCUAUAGUUUUUGAAUGCAUGCUGUCUUUUCCUUUUCUUUAAGGCCUUUGCAAGCAAACUUGUUUUUAUUUAAAUUCUAAAUUUGAUAAUAAAUUAUUUCAGAUUUUUAUAAUUUGGAUACUUUUUCCAGGUGAGUGACAGAGUGGUUUACUGUAGAAGUCCCUUCUUAUCUUACAAGUUAAAUCUACUUGGAGUAUCUUUAAGAAAUGACUCAAAAGGGAUGAGAAAAGUUGAUGAAGCCGGGAAUUGCUGGGUUUUAGAUGCACUUUUUUUGAGAGAGAGGGAAUUUUUGGAAAAGAAUAGAAAAAUUAAUGUAAAUUGGUAUGAUUUUAUUUAAUCAAAAUUAUUGCUCAGCUGUGAGGAACAGCUUUUACAAAGUAGUUGGAACUUUUUUCCCACUCGGUUUGGAUUCACAUUGCUUCCACUUUAAAUGCUUUGCUUUUGGUUCUUGGUGUUGAAAAUAAAUUUCGAGGUGCACUGUAUCUGUUUUAAACUGAUUUGAUUUUAUUUUCUUUUCAUUUAUUUGUGCAAAUUCUUGGGGGAACUUUGCUUAGUUCCCAGAAAACAAAAGGGAGACAUGGAAAUUUUUUUUUUUGGAAUGAAUUCUAUGGGUUUUCUUAAUAGCCAUCACCAUGUUCAUUAGUUAUAUUUUGUUAAAGCCAAUCUGUGCAGUGUAAUAAAUUUUAAAGUUGAUUGCUUUCAGUUGAGUUAAGAGACCUGUGAUGGAUAAUUUAUUUGACUGGAAAACCUAGGUACCCAUUUAAAAAAAAAGAUUCAUUCUCUGUGAAAAAUGUUUUGUAGGAAUCUAUUGUUUUUUCAUUAAUUUGCAUAUACUUUUCUUCUGCUCUAGAAUUUGGUUUGAAUUUUGUUUUAUGGCUGUAAUUACUGUAUUUUUAAAAACCCUACCUCCAUUAACAGUUGGUAAAAGCCCCCUUUCAGGAAAGUUUGUUGCCUUUUUUUUUUUUUUUAAAGGAAAGCUGCUCCUUGCUCAGUGUAGUGUCUUGAAAGUGAACAUGGUAACAAGUACUUUUAAAAUAAAGAUUCAUAAAUUUGGUGAAAAUAAAAUCUUCCUGUUGAUGGGAUCAUUUAUAUUAAUAGUUCCUUAUUUUUAAAGAAAAACUUUUUCUUUCCAUCUUAUAUUGCUCUUGAAAGUUUAAUGGUCAGAAUACUUACAUUAAAAAUAUGCAGACCACACAAUACUCAGCUUUCAGGGUGACCUUUUUGAGUAUGUUUUUGCUCAAACUUCAUUUGGACUCUAGCACUUAGAGGAAUAUCAAUUAUAAUGAUGCUUCUCUUAUUCUUGAUAUUGAGGGAAUUGAACGAAGUGUAUAGUUAGUACUUUCACUGUCAAAUUUUAUCUUACCACCUUAUGUUUGACUUGCUGGUUAAUGGGUAAUGAUUGUUGAUGAACAUACAUUUGCUUGACUCACUAAUAAGGACAGUUCUAAAGUAAAUACAUGCUUGGUUUUUAGCUCAGCCAUUAAUUUUUUGGCAGAUUGUCAGUGAAACCAUCACUACUGACCUUUUCACCCAGAAUUGGCCAAUUUUGCUGAAUUGACUGGGUGUUUUAAUUGGGUAUUUUAAACAUGAACUUAGCCAUGUGACUGAAAAGUCAAAUGGUUGUUGUAUUGUUUAGCUGGUAUAUGUUGAAUAUCGUUGUCUACCUUGUAUCUUUAACUGGCUGUGCAAAAAUUGUUUACUUAAGUGCACUGAAAUUUUCCUCUAGCUGAUAACCCAGCACCAAAAUUAAGUCUCAAAGUAACAUCAAACUAAUUUUUUAUAUUGGACGUUCAUCUUUCUUAUAUAAUCGUGAAACAGUUCCAUUUGAAAUUGAUAGAGUGAGUUCACUUGGCUAAAACUGAGCAAAAUUGGUGCAACUUUCUUUUAAUGGGGUGCUGCCUCUUUAAGACUGACUGUACUAUUCACUGACACUGGUUUGGCAGUUGGUACUGCUGAACAUUUUUAUACAUGCUACCAUGAAGCUAUAUAUGUUAGUAUUGAAGAAGCUAACGGGUAUACUACCAUUUUUGAUGUGUGGGCUGAUUAUAAUUUCCCUUACAUGAGGAUGAAACUACUCUAGAGAAGUCCACAGGUCAUAAACCAGAUAGUAGUUUUGAAUCUGAAGCCAGCAAAAUUAAAAAAAAAAAAGUUGCUAUUAAAAUAUUGGUUUUAAUAUUUUCUGCCUCUUCCCCAGAGUACCCUCCCCAUUUGCUUGACAAAUCUGUGUAAAGUUUGUUUGUCACAUGUUUUAGCUUUACCUUGCCCUGUGUUAUGGUAUUGGCUGACAUGUAUAAGACUGGAUGUGUAUAUUUAUUAUGGUGUCUAAAAAUCAUGAAGUUCAUCACUUUCCAGGAGCAUAGAUAAAAGCAAAUUGGUAGUGCAUCAGUUACUUUUCAGUGCACCAUGACAUCACUAAAAUGAGUGCUAUAUUGUUACAGGGCUUUCAGGUUUGUAAAAACAUAACCAUAAAUUAUACUGACGUCAGAUAUGAGUUGAGUAUCUAUAAAGUAUCACGUGUAUCUCAAAAUAUUGGACUGCUGUUUGAUGACUGGAUAUUGCUGCAUAAUUUUCUUCUAUUGUCCCAUAUCCUUUUGGAGAGAGAGAUUUAAUGGGAUUUGAAAUGUGCAAGCUGUCUCAAUAAGAUGCAGUCAAAUAAAGUAUGGUUAAGUUG